GCGGGGCGUGUCGCGAUGACGUCACGAGCGUCAGCGCAUAAAUCUCCGAGCCUCCAGUCGCAGCCGUCUGUUGUUGUUCUCCCAACUUUUCCGCGAUGGUGCAGAAAGUCCACAAGUCCGGGUCGAAGGAGAAGCCGGAGCUGAAGGCAGGACACGCUCGAGCAGUGAAAGCUGGUGGUAAACGGGUUUCAAAGAAGAGUCUGGAAGAGUCCGGCGUCCAGGACAUGAAGAGGCCUGAGAAAGUCAGGCCUCCAGUGGCCUCCAACAGGAUGCAACAGAUUGGCAUUCUUCUCACCGGAGCGCUUGAUAAGCUGAGCCACGACUUCCCCGAGACUCCAGUGAGCGUGCGACACAGCAGGCUGCGCCCCGCGGUGGAGAAGCCGCACGUGCAGCGCUCUUACUUCAUCCAGCAGCCGCGGAAGUACUGAGCGGUGUUGGUGAAGCUGCGGGGGUCAGAGGUCGAAGAAAGUGGGUCUGGGAUUCAGGACGUUCGGUCUGUGUUCCGCAACUUUUAGGAAACUUCACUUUGCAUGUGCUUUGCAGGGAAGUGGAAAAGUUGACCAGAUGUGGGUCCAAGUAUGUUCGCCUUAAAGAUAUUUUGUACGUCGCUUGGCACUUGUUAGAUCACGUGAUCAAUAAACGAUUCGAUUGCAUUAGUUUGGUUGAUUUAAUGCGCAUUGACCACCGCUAGAUGGCGGCAACACGACGCUGAAAACUUGACCAAACUGGUGGAACUUGGUCUUUUUAUUUUCAUUUUUGUUUUUCCUUUUUUUUUUUUUUUAUUGCAAGAACCAUACAUACAGUCAUAAACAAGCCCAUUACAACUGUUCACUGCACAGGUAUAUGUGGAUGGGCGAUAUAAAUAUCAAACAUAAAUGAAAAUAAAG